AUGAGCCUCCAUUUAUUGUACUACUGCAGUGAACCAACCUUGGAUGUGAAAAUUGCCUUUUGUCAGGGAUUCGAUAAACAAGUGGAUGUGUCAUAUAUUGCCAAACAUUACAACAUGAGCAAAAGCAAAGUUGACAACCAAUUCUACAGUGUGGAAGUGGGAGACUCAACCUUCACAGUUCUCAAGCGCUACCAGAAUUUAAAGCCUAUUGGCUCUGGGGCUCAGGGAAUAGUUUGUGCUGCGUAUGAUGCCGUUCUUGACAGAAAUGUGGCCAUUAAGAAGCUCAGCAGACCCUUUCAGAACCAAACGCAUGCCAAGAGAGCUUACCGGGAGCUAGUCCUCAUGAAGUGUGUGAACCAUAAAAACAUUAUUAGUUUAUUAAAUGUCUUCACACCCCAGAAAACACUGGAGGAGUUCCAGGAUGUUUACUUAGUAAUGGAACUGAUGGAUGCCAACUUGUGUCAGGUGAUUCAGAUGGAAUUAGACCAUGAGCGAAUGUCUUACCUGCUAUACCAAAUGUUGUGUGGCAUCAAGCACCUCCACUCUGCUGGAAUUAUUCACAGGGAUUUAAAACCAAGUAACAUUGUAGUCAAGUCUGAUUGUACAUUGAAAAUCCUCGACUUUGGACUCGCCAGGACGGCAGGCACAAGUUUCAUGAUGACUCCUUAUGUGGUUACCCGUUAUUAUAGAGCCCCUGAGGUUAUUCUGGGAAUGGGCUACAAGGAGAACGUGGAUAUAUGGUCUGUGGGAUGCAUUAUGGGAGAAAUGGUUCGCCACAAAAUCCUCUUUCCAGGAAGGGACUAUAUUGACCAGUGGAACAAGGUGAUUGAGCAAUUAGGAACGCCAUGCCCAGAAUUCAUGAAGAAAUUGCAACCCACAGUAAGAAACUAUGUGGAGAAUCGGCCCAAGUAUGCAGGACUCACCUUCCCCAAGCUCUUUCCAGAUUCCCUCUUCCCAGCGGACUCCGAGCACAAUAAACUCAAAGGUAUGUCCACCAGGGACAAUUUCAGAACCACCGUGUGGGUGAUGGUCUAAAGAAGCAAAUGAUAGAGACGCCUCUCUUUAACUACCUCAAUUUAAGGAAUAUUUAUUUAAGCUUGUUUAUUUAUUUUGAGAGAGUGCGUGCGUGCGCGUGAGAGAAAACAAGUGGGGGAGGGGCAGAGAGAG